CUGGGGCUGGGCCCUGCCUCCCUUCCUGCUGCGCUCCUCACCGCAUCCGCCGGGUUCUGGGAGUCCAGCCGAGAAUGAGCAGCUGUAGGAAGCAGCCACCUGCUGAGCAGAGCCCAGAGCUGGAGAAGUUCAGCCCCGAGGUUCUCUCUGAAAUCGAGAGGCUCUUUGCAAAGAAGUUCACUUACGCCAAGCCGGCGAACGAGGACUGGCAGCUGCCCGACCCCGGCGCCGCCUUCACCUGCGCUCACAGGGACUUCCACUCCCUGCUGGCUCUGAAGGCCUCCCUGAACCAAGUGAAGAAUCAGCUGAGCGACAAGAACCUGGAGCAGUGGCAUCAGCACACCUCCUUCACCAACAAAGCGGGCAAGGUCAUCCCCGGGGUGAGGAAGGCGGCGAACGCGGAGCUGUGCACCCAAGCCUGGUGCAAGUUCCACGAGAUCCUGGGCACUUUCCCUCUUCUGCCUGAGGAGGCUCUGGAAGAGGGAGAGCUGAACUCAGUCCACCUCUGCGAGGCCCCCGGGGCUUUUAUAGCCAGCCUGAACCACUACCUCAAGUCCCAGCGCCUGCCCUGCCGCUGGCACUGGGUAGCCAACACCCUCAACCCCUACCACGAGGCCAACGACACCCUGACCAUGAUCGCCGACGACCGCCUGAUCGCCAACACCUUGCCCCGCUGGCACUUCGGGCCCGACGACACCGGGGACGUGAUGGCACUCAGCCACCUGGCAGGCCUGCAGGGCUUUGUCAGCGGCAUGGGCACCAUCCACCUGGUGACCGCCGACGGCAGCUUCGACUGCCAGGGCAACCCUGGCGAGCAGGAGGCGCUGGUCUCGCCCCUGCACUACUGCGAAGCGGUCACUGCCCUGAUGGUGCUGGGCGCUGGGGGGUCCUUCGUGCUGAAGGUGUUCACCCUCUUCGAGCACUGCUCUGCCAACCUGCUCUUCCUGCUCAACUCUGCCUUUGAGGAGGUCCACGUCUUCAAGCCAGCCACCAGCAAGGCUGGCAACUCGGAGGCCUAUGUGGUUUGCCUUCGGUACCUGGGCAGGGAAAGCGUUCAUCUGCUGCUGGCUAAGAUGAUGCAGAACUUUGGAGCAGGAAUGCUCCACAAAGCUCUCUUCCCCCAGCAUGUGCUCCCAGAGUCAUUCCUGAAAAUCCACGAGGAGUGUUGCUUGUUCUUCCACAGGUGCCAGGUGGAGACCAUCUCUGAGAACAUCAGGCUCUUCCAGCACAUGGCAGAAGCAGAGCAGGUGAAACUCAACCAGUUAAGAGACUGUGCAGUGGAGUUCUUCCUGCACAGGUUUCAGGUGAAAGCUAUCUCCAGAAAUAAUUGGCUGGUCAGGAAACCUCAGGCUGGCUGCAGCAUGAAUGCAAAAUGGUUUGGGCAAAGGAACAAAUCUUUUAGCACCUACAACGAAAGGAAGCUGCUGGAAACCCUGACCUGGGAGGAUAAAGUGGCCAAGGGCUACUUCAACCACUGGGCUGAAGAGCAUAGUUUAAGCAGUGCUGGGAAAAUGUGUGUCUUGGAAGGGUCAGCUUCAAACCUGCAGUGCAGCUUGUGGCACGUUUUGGAAGGCAGAAGGCUCCCAGGGGUAAAAUGUUCUCCCUUCUGUGACGGGCAGGUCCUGGAGCACCUCAACGAAGCCUUGCAGGACCUGGCGGGGGGCAGGCCGGAGAGCAGAGCAGCGCUGCAGACGUGUCGCUCCUGUCAGGUCCUUCCCGGGGAGCUGAUACUGGCAGAAGUGUCUGAUCUUGCCAGGAGUCAGCAGGAAGUCCUAGGGGAAGGCUGUCGUGACCGCUUCAAGUGCCUCGUGGUGGACUUCCCAUCCCUGUGUGACGGCAGAAGCCAGCCCAGCAUGGAGAUAGAGCUGCUGGGCUCGGGCGCGCUGCUGGCUGCCAGCUUCUCCCUGCUGUACGACGGAGAGCCCAAGUACCAGCAGCAGCUCCUGGGCUGUGUUCUGCACUGUUUGGGUCGCCUGGCAGUGGGAGACGCUUUGGUCCUGCCCAUCCUUUCCUGCCUGACACGGGUCACAGCUGGGCUGCUCUUCAUCCUGCACUGCUCCUUCGCAUCCAUCGCCUUCGCUUGCCCAACCUCCUGCCAGCCGCUCGCCUCCGGCGCCGCUUUGCUCUGCGUUGGCUACCGGGGCCUGCCCGAGCCAGUUGUGCAGUACCUGCAGCACCUGCAUGGCCUGAUGAGCUCUGCUCUGGACAGGGACUCGCCCCACCAGGUCCUGCAGUUCGUGCCCAUGGAGGCUCUCCUCCAGGGCAAGCUGCUGGAGUUCCUGUGGGAUCUGAAUGCGGCUGUCGCCAAGAGACAGCUCCACUUAGUCCUGCAAGCCAAGCAGCAGCAGCUGAAUGCAAAUAGAAGCUGAAGAAGAACCAAAAAAAGAGCUGCUGGAGUUGGGGGUUGUUAUUUAAAUGAAGCUGCUCUGCUCUGCUCUGCUGGCA